AUGUUCUCGAAGAUCGAGUGGAAGGCUCUUGUUGAAGGUGCUCGAUCCAUGGGUUACUCCGAGUUACCGGAAGAUUCACCGGACGCGACGGUUCUGGAUUCCGCCGACGAGUCGUUCCUCAGGAAACUCCACCACGCGCUGCUCGAGCUUCACCUCCAGGAAGGCGCGCUUGUCUGCCCCGAGACCGGACGGAAGUUUCCGGUGAACAAGGGAAUCCCCAAUAUGCUUCUUCACGAAGAUGAGGUUUAA